AAAUAAUUAAUCCUCCGAAGUUCGUAAACAUGAUUCGGACCCUAUUCCUUGAUUGUUGGUCUGCAAGGUCUUAUAUCCUACGUAUAUGAUUUAUGGAUAAUAUCGCUAGAUCUGGGUAGAGACGCGUCACAGUGCGUCUUCGAUACAGAGGUUUUGAUUAAAUGGAAUUAUUUAAUUGGACCAGACGAACAAAGUGCCGGGGGGGCUACGACGCUACGUGCACCAGUACAUAGAACCCAGUAGCAACCUGGUAGCAGCUAAAAAAAUCAAGAAUGGACUUAGGAAGGGGCGACUGGAGCAAACAGGGACAUUGUACCUGAUCUUCAUCUGUCAAAUCGGUCAACAGGUCGAAAGUUCUUUCCUUUCCUAACGUUAACAGACGAGAGAAGGACCAGACCAGCAGACCGGAUAGACGAGACUAACGGUCUAACGCCAUUGUCUCCAUAUCUCCAUAUUUCCAUAUUUCAAUCCAAUCUGUACUAUCCCUUUCCUCUCUUUGGUCCCUUGACCCACGAAACACGAUAUAUCUAACUUAGGUACAUGUUACCAAUGUCAUUCUUUAUUUUGCCAUUACCCGACGCCAACAAUUCUCGACCGACGUCACUAAGCCUCCCAACAUUGGCUUGGACCACGGCGCCCUGAGAGAGAAAUGAGGCCGCGCCAGUUGCUUCUAACCGGCGGGUUCGUCUUCCUCGUCCUAUGCUUCGUUAGCCUAUUCCGACUCUCGCCCUCCGGAACCAACCUCGCAGAUCUUAAACCCGGCCCUCUAACGCACGGUAAGACCGGCGGCGUUGGAAAAAAUGGCGAAACACAACCGCAACAGCCGUUGACGGCCCCGGUCCCGUUCGACCCUAAACCGAAACCCGCGCCCGCCGGGUCGCACCCGAUAUGGUCGUUGAUCACACAAGCGGAGCAGGAUCUCGAGGCUGUCAAGAAGCGGCAGUCGAAGACGCUGAAGGAGGCGACGACCGAGUACAGGCGACGGUACGGGAUCCCGCCGCCGCCCAACUUCGACCGGUGGUUCGAGUUCGCGCGGGCCAAGGGCACGCAGCUGAUCGAUGAGUUCGACACCAUACACGAGAGCCUGACGCCGUUCUGGGGGCUCAAGCCGGGCACGAUCCGCGCGCGCGCCAAGGAGGCCCUGGGCUUCGACAACGCGCUCCUCGGCAUCCAGAUCCGCAACGGCAAGAUCACGCAUAUCCAGGGCGGCGGCGAGUGGCAGCGCGAGGCUACCGCGGGCAUGAUGGGGAAGUUCCUCAAGUGGUUACCUGAUAUGGAUUUAUGCUUUAAUUUACACGACGAGUCGAGGGUCGUUGUGCCCCAUGAUGACCUCGCGAGGCUGGUUAAACGGGCGAAGGAUAUUAAUAUGCCAGCGGCGAAUCUUCAGGUGAAUCCUCGGAACGAGUUUACUUCGAAGCCUAGGGGGCUGAAUGAUGGGACGAGGUUCGAGGAGAGCAAGUUGACCCGGUUUAAUGUCUUUGCGCACCAGCCGACUUGGACGCAUUCGCGGUUAUCUUGUCCACCUGAGAGUCCCUCGAGAGGAUUGGAGGAGGAUGAGAAGAAGGAUGAUAUUUCGAAGUAUGGCUUGGGAGAGUUGGGUUUCAUAUACAACAUCACUGCUAUGUCGGAUAUAUGCUAUUCUCCGUCGUUGAGCUCGACGUUUGGGUUCUUCGACCGCCCGAACGCGUACAACAUCGUUCAUGAUCUAUUCCCCAUUUUCUCGCAAUCGAAAAUCUCGUCGUACUCGGAUAUCUUGUACCCGUCGCCGUGGUACUGGUUUGAGAAAGUGAGCUACGACGAGGGCAAGGAUAUUCCGUGGGCGACGAAGCAAGAUAAGCUGUACUGGCGCGGCUCCACGACAGGCGGAUUCAGCCGUAACGGUGGAUGGCGCCGGCAGCACCGUCAGCGGUUCGUGCAGAAAAUCAACGCGGCCGAUAGCGCCAAGAUCCUCGUGAAUAAGGGGACCGAGGGUAACCAGAAGUGGGAGACGAAGAUAGUACCACGCGGCGAUUUUAAGGAGAUCAUCGACGUGUACUUCUCGGGGGUGGGCCAGUGCGACCCAGGCGACUGCGCUGCCCAGAAGGAGUACUUCACCAUCAAGGGACACGCAGAGCAGCAAGACGCCUGGAACUACAAAUACCUCCUAGACAUUGACGGGAACGCGUUCAGCGGCCGGUUCUACGCGUUCCUGAAGAGCAGGAGCCUGGUGUACAAGUGGGCCAUCUUCCGCGAGUGGCACCUCGAGUGGCUGAAGCCGUGGGCCCACUACAUCCCGCUGAGCUUACAGGGCGAUGACUGGCUCGAGGCCGUUCGGUUUUUCGGCGACGGCAGCCUCGGCAAGAAGGAGGCGGAACGCCUGGCGAAUCAGCAGCGCGAGUGGGCGAAUAAGGUCCUUCGGCACGAGGAUAUGGAGGUUUGGUUUUUUAGGCUGUUGUUAGAAUACGGCCGAGUGGUCGACGACGACCGCGCGAAUAUCGGGUUCGCGGUGGGAAGCAAGCCAGCCCCCGAACGUAAUACGGAGCAGGCGGAGAAACCGCCGGUUAACGAGGAGCGAGUACCGGGGCAACGGGAACAUUAAUGCGAGAUACGGACAUACGAAUACGGUAGAAGCACAUUAGGCCGGCGUACGGCGUGCUCAUUUUGUAUAAAACAGAAACUGCUGCUUGCAUCACGGGCCGGAGUUAUUCUUUUUUUUCUUUGAUGUCUUUUUUUGGUUUUGUACUACACGCUACACGUAUACACUGGGCACUAGGUUCCUUCGGUACGGACGGACGGGCUCGAUGGAUGGAUGCUAGGUACUACAGGUCUACUGAGAUAUCUAGGUGUGCUUAGGGCGGGAACAGUGAGAAGGUCGGACAGGACAUAGUUUGGCGCUCACGCCUUUCUUUGAGCUUGUUUGUGUACAUGUGGGAGGGGAGGGGGAUAUGGGUUUCCAGAUCUAAGCUAGGGUAGGGGAGGUGUCCUAAGGAGAGCCUGGUCCGAGUUAGAUAUGUGAUGUGCCUGGGUAGGAUACUAGGCUAGGUAAGAUGGACUACUAUUUAGGUAGUCGUCCAGGUACUUAAUCUACUGUGUCGCUUAAAAGACU